AUGGCGGUUGUGAGCGGCAGCGGCGGCGGGAGGCUGAACCCCUGGGCGGAGCCCUUCGUGCCUUCCGGGGUGCGGUACCGCGGUCUGCAGCAGACGGCGGCGGCGGCGCCGGAGCAGGAGGUGGAGGACUUCUCCCCCGAGUGGUGGCGCCUGGUGUCCGCCUCCCCGGCCUUCCGCGACCGCUGGCUCCGCGAGUACGGCGCGCUCGGCCUGCUCGACGCCGAGGAGGACCUGGACGACGACGCAGAGGUCGACGGCUUCCUCCCCGACGACUUCUUCUCCCCUCCGGCCCUGCGUCAAGAGAGCGAGCGGGAGGACGCCGCAGCCGGGGCCGGUAAGAGGGCCAGCGGAGGCCUCGAGGUGGCGGCGUGGGGGAUCGACAAGUGGUGGAGGGCGCACGGGGGUCCGCCGGAGGCCCCCAGGUACGCGGAGAAGGCGCCGCGGAGGGUGGCCGCCGGCGCCAGGGUGAGCCCUCGCCCCAUCCAGCAGCCGCGCUGA